GAAAAAAGGUCUCGCGCUUUGCCAUGGGACUGGGGGAGUGAUCCAGCGACUAAGGAGUAAUGACAGUUCAUAGUGCUUUGACUUCAGACAGCUUUUACCACAUCCAGAGUGACACGGCCGACUCCCUGGGAGCGCUGCGGCAGGACAUCUCCACAUCUCUCUCUCUCUCUCUCUCUCUCUCUCUCUGAAUCUGUAGUCGUCGUCUUCGUCUCACUCUCGCAUCUCCUUUCUUCCAACUCUCAAAAUGUCAAACUUCUCUCGGCAGAUCAGGCUAUCGCCGUCCCUCCUCAAACGCCUCAAGCAGAGACUCGCCGCUCCGGUGCUGCCGCCGACGCGAUCUUUCACUACAACAGAGGGCCAUCGUCCAACCAUCGUCCACAAACGGAGUAUAGAUAUCCUUCAUGAUCCCUGGUUCAACAAGGGAACAGCUUUUUCCAUGACAGAACGUGAUCGCCUUGAUCUUCGUGGACUUCUUCCUCCAAAUGUUGUGUCUCCUGACCAGCAAAUAGAACGCUUUAUGGUUGACCUUAAGAGGCUUGCAGUGAAUGCAAGAGAUGGUCCAUCUGAUCCUUAUGCUCUGGCCAAGUGGCGGAUAUUAAACCGGUUGCAUGACAGAAAUGAGACGAUGUACUACAAAGUUUUAAUUGCGAACAUUGAGGAAUAUGCACCCAUAGUUUACACUCCAACUGUGGGUCUGGUUUGCCAGAACUAUAGUGGUUUGUUUAGAAGGCCAAGGGGAAUGUAUUUUAGUGCUGCUGAUCGUGGAGAAAUGAUGUCAAUGGUUUAUAAUUGGCCUGCUGAUCAGGUUGAUAUGAUAGUUGUAACAGAUGGUAGCAGAAUAUUGGGUCUUGGAGAUCUUGGUGUUCAGGGCAUUGGAAUUGCGAUUGGGAAGCUAGAUUUAUAUGUAGCUGCAGCUGGAAUAAACCCUCAAAGAGUACUUCCUGUUAUGAUUGAUGUUGGAACUAACAAUGAGAAGCUUCUCGAAGAUCCCUUGUAUCUGGGAUUGCAAGAGCACCGCCUUGAUGGCGAGGAAUAUAUUUCAGUUGUUGAUGAAUUCAUGGAAGCUGUUUUUACUCGUUGGCCUCAUGUGAUCGUGCAGUUUGAGGAUUUCCAGAGCAAGUGGGCAUUCAAGUUAUUGCAGCGUUAUAGAAAUACAUACAGGAUGUUUAAUGAUGAUGUUCAGGGAACCGCAGGAGUAGCAAUUGCUGGUCUUUUAGGAGCUGUAAGGGCACAGGGAAGGCCAAUGAUUGACUUUCCAAAGCAAAAGAUUGUUGUUGCUGGUGCUGGAAGUGCGGGAAUUGGGGUUCUCAAUGCUGCAAGGAAAACGAUGUCAAGGAUGAUUGGAAAUAAUGAACCUGCUUAUGACAGUGCGCGUAGCCAAUUCUGGUUAGUUGAUGCCAAGGGCCUGAUCACAGAGGAGCGUGAAAGUAUUGAUCCAGAUGCUUUGCCAUUUGCAAGGAAUGUGAAAGAAGCUGGUCGUCAGGGACUAAGAGAAGGUGCAACUCUUGUGGAUGUGGUUCAACAAGUAAAGCCUGAUGUCCUUCUUGGAUUAUCUGCAGUCGGGGGCCUGUUCUCCAAAGAGGUAUUAGAGGCCCUCAAGUCUUCGACUUCAACCAGGCCAGCUAUCUUUGCAAUGUCAAACCCUACAAAGAAUGCUGAAUGCACUCCUGAAGAAGCAUUUUCUGUUGUUGGUGACAAUAUCAUAUUUGCAAGUGGAAGCCCAUUCAAAGACGUGGAUCUUGGAAAUGGUCAUAUUGGGCACUGCAACCAGGGAAACAACAUGUACCUUUUUCCAGGGAUUGGACUUGGUACCCUACUAUCAGGUGCUAGGGUCAUCUCUGAUGGUAUGCUGCAGGCUGCAGCAGAGUGCUUGGCUGCAUACAUGACAGAAGAGGAAGUCCUUCAUGGGAUUAUAUAUCCUUCUAUAUCCAGCAUACGUGAUAUCACAAAGGAGAUAGCGACAGCAGUAAUUAAGGAAGCUAUAGUAGAGGAUCUGGCUGAAGGAUACCGUGAAAUGGACGCUCGAGAGCUCCGAAAACUUAAUCAGGACGAAAUCUCAAUUUAUGUGCAGAAUAACAUGUGGAGUCCUGAAUAUCCAACAUUGGUUUACAAGAAGGAUUGAUCGCCAACCACUCCCACUCUUCUUCAAGUCAAAUCUGCUUGGCUGUGGCAGAACCCAUGGGGUUAGAACAUCUCAUCGCCCUUUAAAUCCGAAUACCUCCAUAGCAUUAGUGUAUGUAUUAACCAUUCUUUAUCUGGUACAUUGACCUUCAAUUAUGCACCUACAUCCCUCUCCAAUGUUGAGCAGCUUGUAGGUUAUGUUCAUUCUUAAUGUGUUAUAAAAGUCAGCGAACUACUUUUUGGUUUAUUUUAUUUGUAUUGUCUGUAUAAAAUUGAUUUGAGUGCAUAACCAACUUCCUGGAGAGGUUGUCUCAA